AUGGACGGCAAAGGCGCCCUGCCCGUCAUCCCUCCAUCUCGCCCGAUCCAGCUCGACACAUCCGCCUUGCCAGACUCGUCGUCGGCCUCGAUAUGGGACCGGAUAGGGACCUGGGUGUCGGAGAACAAGGCGCUCGUCUACACCAUCGCUGGCGUCACCUUGGUCGUCACCGCCGCCGGAGUCGUGUACUACACCAGCGAGUCGAAGCCUGCCGCGGACGCAUCGUCGUCGUCGCCGGCAUCGAGGGCAAAGGCGAACAAGAAGGCGAAGCGGAAAGCAAAGAAGGAAGCCGAGGAGCAGGCGAAGAAGGAGAGUGAAAAGGCAAAGUCGGCUCCAAAGGUUGCCUCGGUGUCGACGGUUGAGUCCGAGGACGAACUGCCCGACGUCACGGAAGAAUACGUCGCCACAUUGUCAGAAGAGGCAAAGAAGGAGCUCGCAGCCAAGCUCAAGGCUCUGGGCAACAAGGCCUACGGCUCAAAGGACUACAUGAAGGCCAUCGACCUGUACGGCAAGGCGCUCCUCUGCAAGCAGGAUCCCGUGUACUAUUCUAAUCGCGCCGCGUGCUGGAACGCCCUCGGCGAUUGGGAGAAGGUCAUCGAAGACACCACCGCCGCCAUCACCCUCGAACCAACGUACGUCAAGGCCCUUAACCGCCGCGCAAACGCCUACGAGCAGGUGGAGAAGAACAGCGAAGCCCUGCUCGACUACACAGCAAGCUGCAUCAUCGACCAGUUUGCAAAUCAGAGCAACACGGCAAGCGUCGAGCGCCUGUUGAAGAAGGUGGCUGAGGCAAAGGGCAAAGAGAUUCUGGCCAAGAAAGAGAAGAAGCUGCCGAGCCCAACGUUCGUCACCAACUACUUGCAGAGCUUCCGUCCGAAGCCACGUCCCGAGGGCCUGGACGACUCCGCCGACCUGCCGGAGGAAUCAGGCAGAGCACAACUGCGAAAGGGUUUGAAAGCGAUGGCUCUGCAUACGGGCGAGGGCUACGCCGAGGCGGCGGCUGCUUUCGAAAAGGCCUUCGAGCUCGGCGACUUGGGCAAGCAUGAGGCCUUUGCGUACAACAUGCGUGGUACGUUCGCGUACCUGCGCGGCGACAACGCCGAGGCCCUCGAGGACAUCUCGAAGAGCAUCCAGCUUGACCCGUCGUACACGCAGAGCUAUAUUAAACGAGCAAGCAUGCAUCUCGAGAUGGGCGAGCAGGACGCCACCGACGCAGAUUUCCGCGAGGCUCUCGCCCGUGACGACAAGGACCCUGACAUCUACUACCACCGCGCUCAGUUGCACUUCAUCAAGGGCGAGUUCAAGGAAGCGGCCGCGGACUACCAGAAAUCCAUCGACCUGGACAAGGACUUCAUUUUCUCGCACAUUCAGCUAGGCGUCACACAGUACAAGCUGGGCUCUGUGGCCUCGUCAAUGGCGACGUUCCGACGCAUCAUCAAGAACUUUGACAGGGUGCCCGACGUGUACAACUACUACGGCGAGCUGCUGCUCGAUCAGCAGAAGUUCGACGACGCGAUUCGCCAGUUUGAGACGGCGAUCGAGAUGGAGAAGAGCCAGCGACCCGCAGGCAUGAACGUCCUGCCGCUCAUCAACAAGGCUCUCGCAUUGUUCCAGUGGAAGCAAGACUAUGCUGAGGCCGAGGAUCUGUGCAAGAAGGCUUUGAUCUUUGACCCCGAAUGCGACAUUGCCGUUGCGACCAUGGCUCAGCUCUUGCUGCAGCAGGGUAAAGUCACGGAGGCGCUGCAUUACUUUGAGCGCGCGGCCGAGUUGUCAAGAACCGAGGGCGAGAUCGUCAACGCGCUCAGCUACGCGGAGGCCACUCGGACACAACUUGAGGUCACAGAGAAAUACCCUCAGCUCGCUCAGCAUCUCCGCUCCAUGGGCGGCCUGGGUGGGCCCAUGCGGUAA